AUGGAAGUCCUCCCUAUUGUUGAUAUUACUGAAUAUUUGAACGGAAAUGUUAGACAAGAAGAUAUUGAUUUGGUCCGAAAAUCAUUUGUUGAAACUUCUUGUUUGAUUCUCCGCGACCCUCGUGUCACUUUUGAGAAAGCAGCUUCGUUUUUAGAUUUGAUGGAAGACUAUUAUGCUCAACCAACUGAAGUCAAAAUGAAAGAUGUUCACCCAGAGUGGUCCUAUCAGAUUGGAGCAACACCCGAGAUGACAGAACGUCCAAGAGACAAUACCGAAUAUAUUGUCACCAAGUUGAAAGAUAACUUGGAAAGUCAACCAACACCAACCAAGGGCAAGGACCCCAAAUGGAGAUUUUUCCAUCCAUAUGGCAAAACAAAUCCAAACACAAAAUUCCCAUCCCUCAAUCAACCCAAUGUCGUUCCUGAGGCUUUUGCUGAUCGAUGGAUUUCCAUGAUGGAUGGUUGGGCUGAAUGCAUGAUUACCGCAGUGAGAAGCGUUUCAGAAUUGUUGGCUAUGGGUCUUGGUCUUGAGAAGAAUGCUUUCACGAACAAGCUCGAGUAUGGUCGUCAUUUACUUGCACCAACUGGCAGUGAUCUCAACAAGUAUGGAGAAUUGGGAACUGUUCUUGCUGGAUUCCACUUUGAUCUUAAUUACAUUACCAUUCACUCUGCAAGCAAAUACCCUGGUUUGUUCAUUUGGUUGAGAAAUGGUAAGAAAUUACAAGUCAAAGUUCCUAAGGGAUGUCUCUUGCUUCAAGCAGGUAAACAAUUGGAAUGGAUGACUGGUGGUCUCAUUGAAUCUGGUAUGCAUGAAGUUGUUGUGAUUCAAGAUACUCUGGAUGCCAUGAAGAGACAACAAGAAUUAGGCCGACCUUUAUGGAGAGUCUCUUCAACUUUAUUCUCACACAUUGCCAGCGAUGAAAAUAUUGCUCCAUUGAAGGAAGAGUGGAAAUCUGAAAAGUAUCCAGAUAUUUUGUGUGGAGAUUAUGUGGUGUCAGAAUUGAAGGCAAUCAAUCUAGGACGUCAAUAA